CGCAAUGCAGAAUCAAGCACGGUCUAGAUACUGCUGCGCUCGAAAUGUACUUAAACCGGCUGGGUGCGGGUGUGGGCGUGCGUUGGUUCGGGCGCUGUGGGCGGGGGUCCUCGGCUCAGUGAGUGCCAUUUACGUCGUGGGUUUAGCAUUUCAGACGUCGACAUACAUCUCUUACUAUUGUGAAGAAGAGUGCACCAUGAGGCAGUGGACUGACCCCCACUCUAUGACUUCGAACGACAUCGUGACCUACCUGCGUGACCACGUGAUCGAGCCCCCCCAGGAGGAGGUGGUUCAACCACCGAAGCCGCAGGAGCUCGAGAACCCCGCCUGGAGGAGGAUGGGCGCCUGGGACCGCGUGCAGGACGCCAUUCUCAAUCUUUGUCGAGGGAUAAGAAACGGCGUAUUCGUGGAGGUAGGCGCUGGAGGGGGGUUGCUCCUCUCCCUCACAGCCUGGCUGGAGAACAGAAGGGCGUGGAAGGGCCUUCUCCUGGAGCCUCACCCGGAUGCCUAUGCCUCCCUCAGGAAAACGAGGAAGGCAGCAGCGGCCCAAGUCUGCGUCUCGGACAUGAAUCAUUGCAAGCAGGAAUGGCUCUGGACGCCCCGCACCCCUCUGGAUAUGCCACCGCUUUUCAAAGAGGCUGCACGCGCUAAGUCGACCCUGCUUCAGUACGUUGCGGAUGAGGACCUCGACGCGGGGACCCUCACGCCCGUGCAGUGUUUCCCCCUCCAGACGCUGGUGUGGGCGGCUCUUGGUAGAAGGGCGCGGGUGGACCUCAUGGUAAUUCACACGAUGGGCGGAGAGUACAAGAUUCUCAAUACACUCACGUAUAUGGAUAUGUUGAUUCUGAUGCUCGUGGUGAAGAUUUCGACCGAAGUGGAAAAGAAGUUCGUCGAGGAAAGCGCACAGAUGUUGGGAUUUGUACCUUACACGAACGUCCCUCCUGAAGCAAAAGAUUUCCUGUUUUUCGUUAAUAAGAAAGUUGACCUGGUGCAAGGGAAAGUUUGAAUGAAUACCGUAUUUCAUCACUGUAAAAUCACUAGUACUAUUUACGCUGAGGUUUCAAAAUUUAAUUUAAAAAAAAAUUGUUUGGCAAGAUUGACUUCUUAUAUUCUGUGUAAUUCUCAUUUUCUAUUAGAAGAAAAUACGGGAAACACUGAAAUAGAUAAAUAA